GUGACAUGGCUUGUCCUGUUUCCCUCCACUUCCCUCCCCUCCCCUCCAGGUUCAGUGGAUUGACUGAAUGACUGGGUCUGUGACGUCUGUCUAAGAGUAAUAGUAGUGUAUUUGCAGUCCCAAACCCUAACCCUGACGAUGAACUCCUCCCUGUCCGAGUCUCAGCUGCUUUCGCGUCAGAACGCGAACCAGCUCCUGGAUUCUAUCGAAGCUUUUCUCUUCGACUGCGAUGGUGUCAUUUGGAAGGGCGAUAAGCUCAUCGAUGGCGUCCCUCAGACACUCCACUUCCUACGAUCAAAGGGGAAGAAGCUGGUGUUCGUUACCAACAAUUCCACAAAAUCAAGAAAGCAAUACGCGGACAAGUUCCUUUCCCUCGGCAUUUCGGUUUCUGAGGAUGAGAUAUUCUCUUCAUCCUUUGCCGCUGCUAUGUACUUGCAACUCAUUAACUUCCCCAAACACAAGAAGGUUUAUGUGAUAGGGGAGCAAGGCAUAUUGGAAGAGCUGCAGCUUGCUGGAUUUACAGCUCUCGGUGGCCCCGAAGAUGGGAGAAAAACUGCGCAGCUGAAAUCAAAUUGUCUCUUUGAACAUGAUAAGAGUGUUGGAGCAGUUGUGGUUGGACUAGACCAGUAUAUUAACUAUUACAAGCUUCAAUAUGGAACCCUCUGCAUACGUGAAAAUCCAGGAUGUCUUUUCAUUGCAACCAAUAGAGAUGCAGUUGGACACAUGACUGAUUUACAAGAAUGGCCUGGUGCGGGGUGUAUGGUAGCUGCAAUCUGUGGAUCCACCCAGAAGGAGCCUAUUGUAGUUGGAAAGCCAUCUAAUUUCCUGAUGGAAUUUUUGUUAAAGAAAUUCAAUAUUAGUUGCUCCAAAAUGUGUAUGGUGGGUGACAGAUUAGAUACUGAUAUAUUGUUUGGCCAGAAUGCUGGCUGCAGAACUCUACUCGUUCUUUCGGGUGUGACGACUCAAUCUGCUCUGGAGGACCCUUCAAAUAAGACUCAACCAGAGUACUAUACAAGCACGUUGUCCGACAUUUUGGACUUGAUGACUUGAACCCUUCCCAUGUGUUUGACACUCUUUGAGGCCAGUUCGUGGUCAUUCCGACCCUCAAAUCAAAUGUGUUAGUUAAUUGUGUAAUAACAUGCUGAUUCCUGAAUCAAAAUAUCUAGCAUGCCGUAAAAAGUGGCUGAGCGGAACAACUCAAAGACUCAUAAAGGGUGAUACACACUUUACAAUCAAACCGUCUAUCCGCAUCGACUCCACUGUGUCCAUGACCAUGUGUGCUUACAACAAUCAUUUUCAACUAGACAAUUCUUUGCUCGA